GGAAGUUGCACACAUGAAUGUAUGUCCGGGUAGAUAGCCGUGGCCGAGAAGCUGUUGGUUCCGACAUGCGAAAGCUAACAAGCUAGGGACAACAUUUGGCGGCACAUUAGUACAAUGCUCUAAGUUAUUUUAGUGCACAUUAAACAGUGAGUAGCUUAAACGCGAUAUUAAAUAAUGUCUAUUUUUAAUUAAUACUAUUUUUUAUGAAUUAUGAGUCAUCUACAGAAGAACAGCUUGGCAAGUUUCAAACCAGCAGCGUCAGCCUGCUUGAUUGGUAGCAUGGGCCACCCAGGCACACAAUGAAAGGAGGAAGUCCUCUUGGUCAUCGCCGUCAUGGAUCACGAGCAACGUGUGGAGCACUUCAGCGACAGCGAGGACUUAUUCGGGGACUAUGACAGUCUUCUGGAGGACACGUCCCUGCUGGCCAAACUGGAGCAAGUGGAGCGUGACGAAAGUGACAAGAUGGCGGCUGUGCCACCCGCAAAGGACAAGGACCUCCUCACUGACUCCAUCUUGGACGCUGUUGACGAGGAUUCCCUCCAGGAGUUUUUGCCGUCCAGCCAGCAGGAGUUUGUCCAACAACAAGCCAAGAGGAGCAAAGUACAGGGCGGCCAUGCUAGUAGCAUUUUGCAGAGAGGAGGGCCAGAGUACGGGAAGAGGAGGAGUGUGAGCGAGCGCCUGAAGAGGACCAUGCAGUGCAACGCCGCCACGGCCUCCAGCCUUUCCCGCUCUUUGGCGCUGAAGGAAGCGGUGCUUAGCGAUGAGAUCAGCGAUGCCGUGCAGGCCAUGGAGGUUGUCUCCGCCCACACCACUGAUCUGGGACCUUUUUUUGGACUCCCCAGCAAAGUCAAAACACUCCUCUCCGAACUGAGGGGAAUCAGCAGCCUCUAUGCGUGGCAGGAGACGUGCUUGAGGUUGGAGUGCGUGCAGCAGAGGAGGAACCUGAUCUACACGCUUCCCACCAGCGGAGGCAAGACGCUGGUGGCGGAGCUCCUCAUCCUCAGAGAGGUGGUGUGCAGGAAGAAGGACUGCAUGUUCAUCCUGCCUUACGUCUCUCUGGUCCAAGAGAAGGUCCGCGGUCUGGCCGCCUUUGGUCUGGAGCUGGACUUUCUGGUGGAGGAGUACGCCGGCAGUAAGGGCAAGUUCCCGCCUGUCAAGAGGAGAGGAGGUCAAAGGUCCCUCUACAUCGCAACCAUCGAGAAGGCUCACAGUCUGGUCAACUCGCUCGUGGAAAGCGGCCGCCUGGAUGAUGUGGGCCUGCUGGUGGUGGAUGAGCUUCACAUGCUGGGAGAUGGCAGCAGAGGAGCGCUCCUGGAGAUCACCCUGGCUAAAGUCUCCUACCUCAGCAGCCACACCCAGAUCAUCGGCAUGAGCGCCACCUUGGGGAACAUCGGCGACCUGCAAACUUUUCUCAACGCUGAAAACUACAAUAACGACUUCAGACCUGUCCAGCUGAGGGAGUAUGUGAAAGUGGGAGAUGGUAUCUAUGAGGUGGAACCCAAAGAGGAUGAUUGCUUCCGGUUGCGUCGUCGUGUGGAGGUCAAGUACUCCAGUGCCAUGCAGAAGGUGGACCCAGACCACAUCGUGGCCCUGGUGACGGAGGUGAUCCCACGCCAUUCCUGCCUGAUCUUCUGUCCCACCAAGAAGAACUGUGAGAACGUCGCCGUCAUGAUCUGCAAGUACCUGAGAGAGGACUUCCUCCGACAGCGGCAGGCCGAGAAGGAGGCGCUGCUACAAGAGCUGAAAGACGGUGGGAACGGUUCCGUCUGUCCAGUUCUGAGGAGGACGGUUCCGUACGGCGUGGCGUACCAUCACAGCGGACUGACCGGCGAGGAGAGGAAGCUAGUGGAGAACGCCUACUCCGACGGCAUCCUUUGCCUGCUCGCAUGCACCUCCACUUUGGCGGCCGGAAUCAACCUGCCGGCCCGCAGGGUGAUCCUGCGCUCGCCGUACGUGGCGGGGGACCUGAUGAAGACCAGUCAGUACAAGCAGAUGGCGGGACGCGCCGGCCGAGCGGGUCUGGACAACGAGGGCGAGAGCAUCCUCAUCGUGCAGGACAAGGAGCGCUUGAAGGCCAAGGCCUUGGUGUGUGCCCCCAUGGAGAAAUGUUACAGCUGCCUGCUGGACAACGACGGAAAAAGUCUCCUCAAUCUCAUCCUGUCACUCGUGGGCCUAAAGGUGAGCACGUCCGUGGAAAAGCUGCAUGACUUCCUGCGAGGGACGCUGCUGUUUGUCCAACAGGAGCAGUUGUGCAGACAGUCCAGCCUGAACGCCGUCCUCCAUCAGGGUGUCCAGCUCCUUGAGGUCAAAGGUCUCCUCCACACGCAAGGCGACGUCUUGCACGUAACGCGUUUGGGGAGGGCCACCUUUAAAGGUUCCGUGGACCUGAGCCACAGCCAGGUUCUCUACCAGGACCUGAGCACCGGUCUGGAAGGUCUGCUCCUCAGCAGCUACCUGCACCUGCUCUACUUGGUCACACCCUACGACAUGGCGCUGCAGUGCACGCCCGACUGGAUGACCUUCUACGCUCAGAUGGCGUUGUUGUCGGCCGCUGAACAGAGCAUGUGCGCGCUCAUCGGCGUUCCUGAGAGUCUGGUGGCCAGGAAAGCUGCAGGCCAGGCGCUGAAAAAGAGUGCCAACAUGGCGCCGGUGAAGCGCAUGUACCUGGCGAUGGUGCUGAUGGCGCUGCUGAAGGAGAACAACCUGUGGGCCGUGGCGCAAAAGUUCCAGCUGAGUCGCGGCUUCGUCCAAUCGCUGCUCACUUCCGCUGCUGCCUUCUGCUCGUGUGUCUUCCACUUCACUCAGGAGCUGGAUGAGAUGUGGCCCUUCUGGUCCUUGUUGGAGGCACUAACCCGUCGUCUGAGCUACUGCGUGAAGGCGGAGCUUAUCCCUCUGAUGGAGGUGGCGGGAGUCAUGGAGCCACGCGCCAGGCAGCUGCACGCCGCCGGCUACAAGACGCUAACCCACCUGGCCAACGCCGACCCCGCCCUCCUGGUCAGGACCAUCUCCCACUUGAACAGGAAGCAAGCCAAUCAGAUGGUAGCCUCGGCCAAAAUGCUGCUCAACGAGAAGGCUGCGGCGCUGCAACAGGAAGUGGACGAGCUCCUCACGGCACCAGCUGACCUGCCGCCGCCUCCUGCUGACUGAGACUUGACCUGUCAUCAUGGCAACCCCCCCCCCCCAUUCCAUUCCUACCCAAUAAACAC